AUUAGCUCCGAGCAGAGAGGCAGGCGUCAGCACGGGGGGCAACUUGACGGCAAGAAGACGCGGUUCAUUCAUUUUUGGAGCAGCGGGACUGCUUCAUGGAGACACUAGCACUCAUGUUGUGUUCCCGGAGAGUUGUUUCACUUUCUCCGGCCUGCCGUUAAACUUUUCACGGCCGUAACACCAUGGACCCGCUGUGGACGGGCACCGGCGCUUCGGUACGGCAUGCAAAUACGUACUCUGACGUCGGCGAUCAUGUGGCUUUUGGCGUAGAUCCUCCUUGUGAUCGCCAAUUUUUUCUUUCCUGUCGCCUGUUGUCUGCUCGGUUAUCGAGCCGCCGAGAGAGUGUUUGAAACAGAUUCGGCGUGUUUGUCGGCUCUCCAGCGGCUCUGGGAUUGUACCGCACUACCUGAGCGUCGCGCCAAAACGGUGGGCAGGCUUUCUCUGAUCAACAGCGAUUCCUCCCCUCCCACCCUCUUGUGUUAAAGAUGUAGCGUCCUAUCAUGCAGUUCGAGGAGAUCAGCCAGCACUGGAGCUGACACUGUCAGUGAGCCCAGCCUACAUGACACUACAGGAGUCCCAUCUCUGCCAGACUUUCACCGCCUACUGUCCUCCUCCUUCCUCCAGCCAAUAAUUUUACUCUGGGGGGGUGAGUGUUCCUCAGACUCCUUGGCUUCUGAUCCCAGUCUCACAAGUUGUCCGGUGCUUGCUACCUCGGGAUCUAUAUCUGUAUUCCUCUAGUAGGCAGUCCUCCUGACUGCACUUCAGCACCUUAAGACUGUCUUUGCAUACAAGUCCUGCAUCCUGGAACUUCAGCCAUAGCCUCCUUUACAGCAUCCCUGGCCAAACACGAGCACCAGGACAAACCCAUCCACCACCAUGUCCAGUCGACGUAAGGCCUCCACUCCCUGUAUGAUCCGACCAGAGCAGACAAUGGUGGAGCUGGAUGAUGAAGCGGAGGACUCUCAGAACAUGGAGACAACAACAGAGAACCAUACCCAAGGGGUGCCUAUGGAUAGCAGUUCAACACAACCCGAGCAAUCCAUGGACUUGGAUGUAAUGGAAAAGGCCUCUGACCCACCUUUGGCUCCUGACAAACCAGCAGCUGAGCCACCAGACGUUUCUAAGCCUCAGCGCAGACAGCAGGGGGGAUAUGAGUGCAAAUACUGCCCCUUUUCUACCCAGAAUUUGAAUACUUUCAAAGAACAUGUAGACGCAAACCACCCAAAUGUCAUCCUUAACCCCCUGUACCUGUGUGCUGUCUGUAACUUCAACACAAAAAAGUUUGACACCCUGACGGAACACAAUGAGAGGUGCCACCCAGGGGAGAGCAACUUUAAAUUUAAACGCAUAAAAAUGAACAACCAGACAAUCUUAGAACAGACGAUAGAGGGGUGCAGCAACAACGCUGUCAUUUACAACACUUCUGGUGCCAUUUCCGGCAAAGGGGACGAACUCGGCACUGUGCCACUGAGCAAACCCACCACAGUCAAAAUCGGUAAACCAAAAAUAAUGACAUCGGAUAACAAACGGACAGACUCCCAGUUGGGAAAAAUAACUGCGGAUCUCACCAAGAAACCAAUCACAGCUGUCAAUGUGAAUGGUACGGUCAUCAUCCCGGAGUCAACUCUCCUUAAAGCAGACGGCCUUUCUCACAUCAUGCCUUCCCUGCAGCGGCCUCUAAACUAUACCCAGGUGCCGAAGAUUGCAGUGCCCCUCAACACAACCAAAUACAACCCCACACUGGACGACAACCUGACGCUGAUCUCGUCCUUCAACAAGUUCCCCUACCCAACACAGGCUGAGCUCUCGUGGCUCACCGCAGCAUCAAAACAUCCAGAGGAGCAGAUCAAAGUCUGGUUCACCACACAGCGGCUCAAACAGGGUAUCAGCUGGUCACCUGAGGAGGUGGAAGAAGCGAGGAAGAAAAUGUUCAAUGGUACAAUAUCCUCCGUGCCUCAGACUUUCACCGUGGUUACUCCUCAGCUCAACUCCCAAUCAUCUACCAACCAGUCCACCUCAAGCACGCCCUCCAAACCCAUGCAGCCAACAGCCUCUGUCCUGCAGUCCCUGCCCUGUCAGCUCCUGGGACAGACCAGCCUUGUGCUGACUCCUGUAGCCAAUGGCUCUACUGUUACUUGUGCACCACUGGCACUCACAGUGGCUAACCAGGUGGCGCAGUCGCUCAAACGACCCUUAGCCUCUCCUACGGUUGCUACAGAGAGUAAACGGCCCUCCAUCAUUCAGACCAUCUCUGCCCCGAUGGCCACAUCCAAGCUGGCAUCACCUAAAGUGCUGAGUUUCACCGUUGACCCCAAUAAAACAUCAGAGCAGCUGUCUGUGCUGAGGUCCAGCUACACACAGUGCCCUUUCCCUGAGGAAGAUGAGAUUUACAGGCUGAUAGAGACCACCGGGUUAUCCAGAGGAGAGAUAAAGAAGUGGUUCAGUGAGCAAAGACUCCUCAAUCUCAAAGGUGUUCCUCCUCCACCUGUGCUGGUCAAAGCAGAGGUAACACCACUUCCUAAGGAUGCACCAGUAAAGAAAGCGGUCCCCAGCCAGUUUCCACUGUUAGAGAGGGUGAAGGGGAAGUCAUCGGAGCAGCUGAAGGCGCUGGAGGAGAGUUUCCAGAAGAGUAGCUCUCCAACAGAGGCAGAGCUAGACCAGCUGGCCCAGGACACCAGGCUGUCCAAGACAGAGGUUGACUGCUGGUUUUCGGAGCGCAGGGCACUGAGGGACAAUAUGGAGAAGACUUUACUCACGAUGGCUUCUAAGAACACGGAGGACAGAAUAGAGCGGCCGGGUGCGCUGCUUAAUGGGGCUUCUCAUCGAGAGCAGGACGGGAAGCCUCUCCGCUCCUCUCCGCAUCCGCCUGUCCUUUCCUCCUCCUCAUCUUCCUCCCCCCCUGUGCUUGCCGCUUCCUCCCCUCGGCCUCCGACCCAUCCCUCAUCUGCAUCGCCUCCAAUCCUCACGUCAUCUUGCUCCUCUUCUCCACAUCCUCCCAUCCUGUCAGCCUCCACGAGCCCAGCUCCCAUCAGCAGCCGCUCCCUCGCCCUCCUCAGGGAGACGUUUUACCGGACCCAGUGGCCAUCUCCUGAGCAGUACAGUCAGCUGGAGGUGCAAACAAGUCUUGGACGCACUGACAUUGUACGCUGGUUCAAGGACCACCGCUCUGCACUGAAGAACGGCGAAACUCUCGACUGGAUGGAAGGUUUCCAAGGCGUUGCAGAGAAGCAGAAAGCAAGCCAGGAACAGAACGGUCAGAGUUCUGAGAAGAACAAGUGCAUUUCCUUGGAAAUCAAGGCUGUAAAAGUGGACGAGGCUGUUGAGAAAGUAUCUACUCCAGAACAGUCCAAACAGCCAGAGCAGGACAAAGUCCAGCGGUUGACAGACAGACUGGCAGAUGGUGUGACCGACCUGAGCCGGACCAGGCCGGACCAGAACAGCUCAAAUGCCACUGAAAAAGGAAGGUGGGUAAAGGUGACCUUGGCUGUGGGGGAGGAUGGUGAAGGAGGAGCGGAAAGACAAAGGUUGGCAACUGACACGGACAUUCUGACCUUGGAGCAACCGGGGAGGGUCACUGGUUGAUGUACAUCACUGACUGCUGAGUCACCGACGACCUGAGAUGACCAAACAUGGAAGCAGUGAUGUCAUUGUCUGCCUGUGAUGUCAUCCCAACAUCCUGGGGGACUGUGGAGUUGCACCAUUAAAGCACUUGAUGGAAGCGUAGACCCUGACAUUUAGAGGAGUGCCAAAGCUGGACUUGAUGCAUUGCUCUUACUACAGUGCUCGCUCUCUUUGUUUUUUGUUUGUUUUGUUUUUUAAGAAAAAAAAGAGCCCUGUAAAUAUUUUCUGUAUUACUAGAGUUUGUACAGUUUUCCUGAGAAGACUUUUUUUUUUUUUUUUUUUUAAAAAAAAAGGCUGAUUGUUGUCCCAAAAACCUGGAAUGUUCAGUUUGGUUCUGUUCUUUGAGAUCAAACUGUAUGAUAUAGUCUGUCAUUUGCUGAAGAUCAGACGUAUUUUUUGAAAAUCACUACUCAUUAUGAGUAGACUUUGAUGGCACUUGCAUAUUUCCCUGUGGUAGUGAUAGAUAUUGUCAUGACCGCCUGAAUGAAAACUGUUAGGAACUUUUGUAACUUUUUGCUUGUUUCUGCACCUUAACUCGCCCUCUGUAGAAUUACAGUAGAGAAGAUGGAAAUCACUCACAAGUGUCAGAGCGAAGGAAGUAGAAGGAGUGAUGGUAUUUUUUUGUUUUUUCUUUUGGGCAAACUGAACACAGCUACAGCUUCACCGCUGAGAGACCAGAGAAUGAACACAAACAGCCACAGACCAAGACUAACCGCAUUAGGGUGGAUGCAUGAACGCUCCGUACAUCCUAAACUCUGUUAUCUUUCCUCAUCGGCUCGCUCCUGCGUCAGAACCCGAGGCAUGUCCAAGACACUGAAACAGUACAGAAUGUUCACGUUCCUGAUUAACUCCACCGAGCGGAGGGCGGAGUGUCUGUUCGAUCGCACCGUGCUGCCUUUUCAGCUCUCUUAUCAGACGUUUCCCGUCGGCCUCAGAAGUGGGCAGAGCACAGCCGGGCUGAGGAUUUCAGCUUAGCGGUCCAGUGUUUUUAAAAACUUGCCUGAAAACGCCAAAAGCAUAUUUUUGAAAACCUUUUAAUGCAUGGCACACAAUAAUCAAAGCUCCUUUACUUGAGCCGUGUCAGGUAUCCACUUUGCUCAGCUGUGAUCUGUGAGCACGCCGCUGGUGAUUACGUAGGUUCUUCUGAUCAAAGCCAGAUCGGGUUCAGCUGAUUUCUGUACAGACAGACAUUUGGAAUGUCACAGCACCCAAAGCUGUCAUGAAAUACUUGCAUGUACUUCAACUUUUUUUUCGUACUCAUUUUCAGGAAUGAUUAAAAGGAAUAAAUAUUUAAUAAUAAAUAUUAAAUAUUUGUGCAGUCAAAGAAAGUUCAGUUAACCCUCGGUUUAACAGCAGGUGUAUGGCUGUGCGCUGGCUGAAUGUCUGUUGCUGCUGCUACUGCUUUAGUUUCACUUUCAGUUAUGUAUCUGGGAUACUGUAAUUUUGUUU